AGAAAAACUACAUGGAUGCAAAGCGGCAAAAGUUGAGUGAUCAGUUUGAUGUUGAUCGCAAGGGCCUGCAUUCAAACAUUUUUUCAGGAGUUGCAAUCUAUGUGAAUGGCUAUACAAGUAAGGUUUACUUUUAGGUGUUCUCUAUUUUCGUCACAUACUUUGGGUCUCUUAAAAUUUAAGAAAUGUAACGUGUUUAUGUUUUAAGAUUUAAUAGAAACUUUUUAUCAUGUUUCUGUCUUUAAUAACCUGUUGUUCAAUCCAGCACUGUUAUUUUUUUUUUUUUAAAGAUAAAUUUCUCGCACUUCAUGGACUUGUCUUUGAAAUUAGUUUUGUAAACUUAAUUUGUUAGUAAUCAUUGCACAGUGAUAUCAUUUAGAAAUUAUAGCCUAAUAACCAAAAAAUAUUUUUACAUCAGAACUAAAUAUAAUAAGAAGAUUAAUGUUUUUUUAUGUAAUAAAUAUAAUUAAUGUUUUAUCCAUGAAAGAUUGGUAGAUAGCAAUAGUUGUCUACCAUAUCGGUACAAAGACCCAUUGAUUUUAUUAAAUUGAUUUCUGUAUCCAUCAACAGCGCCAUCUUCAGAUGAGCUGAGGCGGCUUAUGCAGCAACAUGGAGGCCGAUAUGAACUGUAUCUUAGUAGAAAAAGAGUCACCCAUGUCAUUGCCAGCAACCUACCCAACAGCAAGUUCAAAUUAGCCUCCACAAUGGUCAUUGUCAAACCUGAUUGGAUCACUGAAAGGUUAUCAAUGACAAACUUAUUAUUUUUUAAAAAAUAAUUCCUAAAAUAUUAUUUUACAAAUCAACUCAAAACUCUCUGAAUUGAUUUCCAAAGAAUUCAGAAUUUAUUUAAAUGAUGAAACUUUCAUCUUCAGAGAUAUGAUAAAAUUUCAAUGUUUGUUUCUCUCUCCUCCACCCCCUGUUAGUGUGAAGGCAGGCAAGCGUCUCUCACAUAUACCCUAUCUGCUGUUGGGUAAUCAGUCUAAGCUCCAACCAGGCCUGAAGUCUUUGGCAUCAGGGAAGUCUGCUUCUGCUACCACUGUGCAAGAAACUCACUCGUUGGCGGGGAACAUUCCUGAAGACAAAUUUAACUGUGACAAACAAAAACGAUGCCUUCCAUGCAGAUCACCUGAUACUUCAAUGAAACUGCAAAAUUUGCAUGAUGAUGGUGUUUCUGGAACAGGAAAUCAUUUUCCAAGAAGCGCACGAGAAAACUGUGAUAAAACGCCUACAAAUGACUUUGAACACAAAAAUGUCAAGAGCUGUAUGAGCUCUGACUUACUGAUAACUCCAAAUCCCACUGAUGAAUUAAACGCUGAUGACAGUGAAAGUGACACUGAUAUCGUGUACAACUCAGACGAAGAUGACAGCACUAAAUAUGUCUUUGGCAGGACCCCAACAGGAUCAGCUCUGAAUGACAGCAAAAAAUCCAGGAUUUACACAAUGUGCAAAUUUAAAAAAGCUCUAAAUGGGACUUUAGACUCACCAAAAAUAGUAAAUUCAAACAGCUGCGAUGGAUUUAUUGGUGUUUCAUCAAAAACCAUGGAGUCAAAUAGCUGUGAUGGAUUUAUUGGUGUUUCAUCAAAAACCAUGGAGUCAAAUAGCUGUGAUGGAUUUAUUGGUGUUUCAUCAAAAACCAUGGAGUCAAAUAGCUGUGAUGGAUUUAUUGGUGUUUCAAAAACCUCAGAUUCAAACAGCUGUGAUGGAUUUAUUGGUGUUUCAAAAACCUCAGAUUCAAACAGCUGUGAUGGAUUUAUUGAAAGGUCUGAAAUUGAUUCUUCUCAUCCGCACCAAGGCAUCAAGGGAUCCCCUUUGUUGACACGUCUGAACGGUGUGAACGCGGUCACUGACCGAACAGCAACAGCUGGUUCAUCCCAUUCCAAAAAGCCAUUUUUGCCUCUGGAGGAUUCCAGGAAGUCACCACCACCUGAGCUGAUAGCGAAGGCAAUGGGUUCACCCCAGAGAAAGCCAAUGGCCGUGGCAGGAGAGAAUAACUUUCUCAACGAAUUCUACUCAAAUUCUAGACUGCAUCACAUUUCAAAGUGGGGCGCAGAGCUUAAGGCGUACGUGGCAGAGAUUCAAAAAAGGGGGAACUGCACAUUCCCCGGGCGAGAAAAGCUCAGGCAGUCCCAUGUGGAUAGAGCUGUACAAAUGGGUUUGUCCGAGACCUUGACAUCAGGUCGUCACGGAGCCUGUGAGAAAACAAUCAUGCACGUCGACAUGGACUCUUUUUUUGUGUCUGUUGGGCUGCUGACCAGGCCAGAACUAAGAGGUGAAUAUUUCUCUUUGAGCAUUUCAAGUUUUUGAUAUUGUCAUUCAAUUAACAGGCAGGGGUUAGGACAAUUUAUUGUUUUAGCGUGUUUUAAUUAUCAGCCCUGAACCCCAGCAGUAACUAUCAUUGCAUCUCAAACAAGUGGCAACCAUUGAGAAUUUGUCAGUUGUCUUUCCCACCUACAGGUAAAUUGUCUAGUGAAAUGGACUUGUCAGCCAAGUAAGUCAGAUAUAUUUUGGGAGUAGGUUAACCCUGACUUAAAAAAACUUCAUCUGUUUACUUACGUAAGCGCAUGGGGUUAAAAAAUUAGGUCUCUUUGCAAAAUAAAAGCUGUAAUCUUACAGUAUUAAGUGAUAGCAGCCAGAAUAAAUCCAGAAUUUAAAAAAAAAAAAUAACAAUAAUAAUUUUUAAAAAAAUAUCAGCCAAAAGUAAUAUUUAAUUUGUAUUGUAGUAUGUUUAAUUAUAAACCAAAACCGGUUUUUUGUUUUUUAGGUUAUUGAAUACAAAAAUUGUCAUGCCCCACUGAAAUACACAUUGCAACCUGAAUGGCCACUGACCAUAAGCUCAUAAUCAUCCCAUGAAUCCUAUGAUUGUGUCAACAGAUCUCCCUGUGGCAGUGACCCAUUCCAAAGGUCAAGCAUCAAAAGUCAACCCCGGGUCCAACCUUGCCUGGGAAAAAUCCCAGUGGCAAAAGAAGCGGCAAGGGAAAUUAAAAGGGGAGAGCACUGCAGAUGCAAAGGGUGCAGAGUUAUUUGAUGAUGGUGAGUUCUGCGUCCUGUUCUCAGAGUUGAGUUGAACUUCAAAAUUUUUGACAGAAAUUAAUUUAUCUUUUUUAAAAAAUGUUUUCAAACUUCUAAUCAAAAUUUCAAAAGCAAACGCCACAUGGAAUUGUCCCCUUCAUACUGCAUGGAUCUUUUCUUUGGACUAAUUUAUAUAAUAUGUCUAGAUGCAUUCCUGGAUGGGUUCAAUGUUGAGCAGAAAGGCUAUGAUUUCCAGGCAGCCAAGGGGCAGACGUUCAACUCCAUGGCAGAGAUUGCUUCCUGUAGCUACCAGGCUCGAAAGGUUUUCCAUCGUUUUUUUUUUUUUCUUUAUCCAAAUCCAUUUCUGAAAUUCUUUCAUUUUUAUUUAACAGAAAAAAAACACACACUCUUUUGCAAUUAAACAAAAAAACUGUUCAUCAUAACAACAGAAUCAGAAUUAUUGUUUAUUUAUUUUUAUUUUUUUAAAUUUUUUAAAAUUUUUACAAUUCCAUAACUUUUAAGAAUGAAAUACCAAAAACUUUUAAAGCAUAAGCACGAUGAUUAAAAAAUUUGCCUCAGUCGGAAAGCUAAACGUGGCUGGAUUAAAACAGAAAUCAAACUGUGUGAUGUGAAAGCCUUUAAAAAAAAUUCGAAAUCAAUUCCCCUUAAAGACACGGCCAGGCUGUUGAUUUGCAGCUCUCAGGAUAGUUUAAUUGGAUUGAGGAGGGGGGGGGGCAAAAAAAUUUUAAAACAGAUAUCUGAAGCUUUUUAAAUCCAGCAAUCAUCCAAUUAAUCCUGGACACAUUUUUUUUUUUUCCAGGCUGGUGUGAAAAAUGGAAUGUUCAUGGGGCAGGCAUUGAAACUUUGUCCUGACCUAAAAACAAUCCCCUAUGAUUUUGAUGAGUACAACAGGGUGUCAAGAGUCCUCUAUGAUUUGGUUGCCAGGUAACGUGCCUGUUGAUCUUAUGUGUUUGUGAGUAUAAGCUACUUUGCACAAUGGCAAUGUUAUGGACUGCUGGGCUUCCUUCAUUUGGACAGCAUUUAAAAGAAUUUAAAGAAACAAAUUAAUUUUCACAUGAUUCAAAAAAAUGUUUUAUAUUAACUGAUGCCAUUUGUUGGAUAAUAUCAGUAAAUUUAUAUUAUGAGUACAUCCAAUGAAGUACAGUUGAUGGUUAAAAUCUGUUUGUAAAAUGUAAGAAAUAUAAUAUAAGAUUGUUUGAUUUUAAAAAAAACUAAUUAAAAAAGUCUAUGAAGAUUUCAACUGAUUACAUUCCACAAAAUAGUUACAUUCAAUUAUCUAGAGUCUACAUGAUGUAAAUUAAGAUGAUAAUUACAUAUUUCAAUCAGAUUAGCUUUUGUCGGUGAAUAGCAACAUUCUUAUUUGAUCAAAUAACACUGAACCAACACCAGUCAACACCUCGGCUUAUUUAUUCAAAAACCUCUUACUACAUAAAAUCUCCAUCUUAUACUUAAAUGCCAACCUGUACGGUUUACCCAUAAUUUGUACAGUUUAAGGCAUUUUAUAAGUUGCUUGGCUGUACAGGAUUUAGUACCAUUUUCAAAAAAUUAGUGAAAAAAUGUUCACUAAUUUAAAUUUUUUUUUUUUGCACUAGACAUAUUAAAUUCAUAGUAGGCCAAAAGGAAGCUUAAAUCCUACGGAUCUGUUUAAUAUGACCUUUAGCCUAAUGUUAGGAUUAUUAGGCCAUCUAUCUAAGCAUAGAAUCUGAGCGAGCUUCAGCCAGUACCUAUGUAUUAUUCCAGGUAGCUAUUAGGGAAACGUUACGGGACCCUUACAAUAGUAGCUACUUUGGGCGGUAAAUCCCUCUGUGUAAUAAUCUGAGCAAAAGCUGCAGUGUCAGUAAGUGUUCUUUUAAUUGCUCUCAAAUAAUGAAACACAUCCAAUAUCACCAGGAAUGGAUAACUUUAUUAGUACUCAUAUCUAUUAGUUGUAUCAUGCCACGGCAGUAAUAAAUUAAGUGGGCCAGCACUUUCGGAAAGUAAAUCAGCCGUGAGAUUUUCUUCAUUUAAGUGGGCCUUUUUUUUUUUUUUUUAUCAAGAAUUGUGUGUUUUUAAAAAAAAUAAAAAAUAAUUUUUAUUUUAUGUGCUUGGAAACCUCCAAUGAAGUGGGUGAACAUAAUUUUUAAAAGUUAUGAAAUGAGACUGGCAUCAGGGUUGGGGUGGGGGGAGGGAGAGUUUCUUAUGCUAUGUGAGUGGCUGACCAAAUAUCCUGGAAUUAUCAAUGCUCCAUCAAUGGGAUCAUCACUGGGAUCAUCACAUGCAUUUGAAAAAAAAAACACAGUUAAUUGCUUGCUUCAGGCUGUUAUGAAAUUGAAGCACAUUUUUAAAACAUGGUUGCACAAACUAAACUUUGAGGCUAUGAAUGGAGAUUCUACCUCAAUUAAAUCCUUCUUUUUCUCAGCCCCCAUCAUGUAGCUGUCUUAAAAAGUUACAUGAGCUGAGAUCUUAUUUGGUAAUUUCUUUGCAAUCACAUCUAGUGUACACUGCACACUUGAGAAUUACACUAGUUGUUUUGAUUUUCGAAAUUAACAUGAAAUUAUCAAGAAGGCAAAUUUUGCUUGCAUCAAAUGAGAAAGUUUUUUUAAAAAUUAAACUUUUUUCGACUUUUCAUUUUUGAAUUCUGUACAGUUUUUUAUGCUGUUGUGUAAUCUUUUUGGGGACUUUUAUUUUUACAGUUUUAGAUCCAGCAGGUCGGUUGGCAUGUAUGCUAUUUACUAACAAACAAUUUAAUGCUAGAAUUGAGGACCGUGUCACAUUCAUGCUUUUAGCAGUGGUUCUCAACCAUUGACCUUUAAGUUACUGAUAUAUUAGUUGGUGUGACCACGCCUCUACUCCUUGCUCAGUUACACGCAUGAUAUCGAGGCUGUCAGCUGUGACGAGAUGUUCAUCGAUGCCACUGACAUUCUGACUGACACUGGUGCCACUGCCAUGGAGCUUGCCAGUGUGCUGAGGGCUGACUUGAUGGAGCAAACAUCAUGCCCAGCUUCUGUUGGAAUUGGUUGGUAGUGAUUUAGUUGACUAGGGAGGGAUAAAUAUUUACAAUUAAGGGAUAAAUAAUUACAAGUUAGGGAUAAAUAAUUACAAGUUAGGGAUAAACAAUUUCAAGUAAGGGAUAAAUAAUUUCAAGCAAGGGAUAAAUAAUUUCAAGCAAGGGAUGAAUAAUUUCAAGUAAGGGAUAAAUAAUUCAAGUAAAGGAUACAUAAUUUCAAUUAAGGGAUAAUAAUUAAAAGUUAUGGACAAAUAAUUAACAGUAAGGGAUAAAUAGUUGUAAACUUGUGAUUAGCUGUUAAGCUAAGUUAUGUGAUUUGUUAUUUUGCAGAAAUAACAAGUUUCGUUAGUAACUUGGUUUUAAAAUAAAUAAUUUUUGCAAGCAAUCAUUCUCUGAUGUUGUUGAUUCCGUAUUCCAGGAUGUAUUCAGCAAUUUAUUUUGAACACAAACAGAAAUAAGUAAUGAAAGUUGUAUCCGGAUAUUUGUGCUGUUGAAAUUUGUUUGGCAUGAACGGAAGUUUGCCCUGAAUGAAAUUUGUUAAACUGAGACAUUUAUAACUUUUUUUCUUUAAUUUUUAAGGGAUUUAUUGAGUGAGAAAUAAGGAAAAUGUUAACUUUUUAACAAAAUUUAGCUUUGUUUGUUUUUUCCGAUUUCUUUCAUAAAAAAAAAAAAAACUUCAGUUCGAACAAAUUUCCCUUUCGAACAAUUUUCCGUCAACAAUUUUUUUUUCGUAAAUGAAAAAAUUGUUAUAAUAAAAACAAAAAAGGUUUUUAUCUCUGUAUUUGCAUUAAGACGGGGCACAUGUUAAAGGCUUUGUAAAAUGAUGUAUUUUCAUUCCUUGAUUUGCCAGGUCCCAACAUAUUGCUGGCCCGCCUGGCAACAAGAAAAGCUAAGCCAAACGGACAGCACCAAGUGCAAUCCAGUGAAGCCAGGGAUUUCAUCAGAGACCAGUCUGUGAGGGAUUUGCCUGGUCAGUCAAUUUUUUUUUUUUCUAGACCGGCUUCAUACCCUCUUUUUACCUAAGCAUGGUGGUGUGGGGUAGGAGGUGUCAUGCCACCAUUUUUAUGAACUCAAGAUAGAACGAUGCUGACUUACCUUUUUCUUUUUUUUUUUUUAAAACUAUGUGGCAAGAAGGGUGGAAUGCUGCUCCUUAUUUUCAUCUCUUGGGCAACCUAAAGUUUGCCCUUAAACCAAGGGGCUUAGCACUGCACAGUUGGUAGUUUCAGCAACAUACAGUUGAUAGGUUAGCACUGCACAGUUGGUAGUUUCAGCUACAUACAUUUGAUAGGUUUAGCACAACACGGUUGGUAGUUUCAGCUACAUACAUUUGAUAGGUUUAGCACAACACGGUUGGUAGUUUCAGCAACAUACAUUUGAUAGGUUUAGCACAACACGGUUGGUAGUUUCAGCAACAUACAUUUGAUAGGUUUAGCACAACACGGUUGGUAGUUUCAGAAACAUACAUUUGAUAGGUUUAGCACAACACGGUUGGUAGUUUCAGCUACAUACAUUUGAUAGGUUUAGCACAGCAUGGUUGUUAGUUUCAGCUACAUACAUUUGAUAGGUUUAGCACUGCACGUUUGGUAGUUUCAGCUACAUACAGUUGAUAGGUUUAGCACUGCACAGUUGGUAGUUUCAGCUACAUACAUUUGAUAGGUUUAGCACUGCACAUUUGGUAGUUUCAGCUACAUACAUUUGAUAGGUUUAGCACUGCACAGUUGGUAGUUUCAGCUACAUACAUUUGAUAGGUUUACCACUGCACGGUUGGUAGUUUCAGCUACAUGCAGCUUAUAAGUUUAGCACUGCACGGUUGGUAGUUCCAGCAACAUACAGUUGAUAGGUUUAGCAACAAAAAGUUGAUAGUUUUGUUACAGAGAGCUUGUUUACAUCAUAUUUUCUCGUGCGUGCCCUCUGAUUGACCCCGCAUGAGACGCUGUGUUCACAAAGGGGUGUGGCUUAGGCCUUUGAAGUAACUUGUUGACGCCGCCAAUGAAUAAAAAUAAUUAAUCUGUUCCAAAUAGUAUUUGGUAGAAUGAUUGGGAUUUUUCUCGAAAUGACUCGAAGGCAGGGCUUGGGCGUCGGUAGACCCACCUAUAUAAGGGAUUGACAGGCACGGACGGGGGACGGAGAUUUUCAUAUAGAUUCUCUUAACAUUACGAGGCGUGUUUUAUUCUUUGUGUAUUUGUGUGCUCCUACUUAUAUGUGUUUAUUUCGCAUUAUUUAUUGGCAUCAUUAUUUCUAAUUGUAUUAACUGUGUACCGGUACGACAUCUGCCAUACUGUAAGUUGAAGAUUGUAAUUUUAUUUUAUUUUAUUUUGUAAUUAUCUUAAGACAUAAUAAAUCUUAAUUAAUUGUAACUAGAAACUGUUUUGGGUCGUAUCUUUAAUAUUGUUGAUUAUAUGGUAUCGUCCUUUGUUAGGCACUGUUUACAACGAGCCAAUUAAAAUUAAAAUAGGAGAUUAAUUUCUCCCAAUACAAGUCAGUGCGUAACAAAUUGGGUUGCUCGUCCCGGAUAUAGCGGACUCUAUAUUAUUAUUUUUCUCAAGACCCCAAUUCUAACAAAUUGGGGGCAUCGUCCGCGAUAACCGAAUCCAUAUUUUAUUCUCAUUAGACCCCAAUUUUAACAAAUUGUGGGAUUUUCCGAGGAUAAUUUUAAUCCAUAGUUUUUAAUACACCAAUAAUAAAUUGAGCGUUUUUUCUGUGGAUUUUGACAAACUGUUUACCUUAAUACACUCAAACUAAUUUGAGUUCACGAUACCAUUUUACGACACCAACAACAGAGCUGGUUACAAUUUUUUCAUUAGUGUGUGCACUAAGCUUAAAUUUUUAUAAAAAAAUCAUUGUUAUAUUUUGCCUGUGUCAAAAUGGAUUUUGAUAUUGAAAACCCAUCAGUAGAGGCAUUAGACAAAUGUUCUAGGAAGGAGCUAUUUUCCAUUGCUAAAGCUCUAGAAAUAAAUGUAGCUCAUUCGGCCGUAAAAAAGACCAUACGAGACAUGAUCAUCGUUCACUUUGUGGAUGAAGACAUGUUAUCUGAAGAUGAACUUGCCUCAGUCACACAACCGACUGAUCCAAGUAUGGAGCUCCAACUAAAGCUCAAACAAAUGGAACUAGAUGCCCAGAGAGAAAAAGAACGUGAGCUUAAACAGCUGGAGCUAGAUAAAGAACGUGAGCUUAAACAGCUGGAGCUAGAUAAAGAACGAGAGCUUAAACAGCUGGAGCUUGAAGCUCAGAGAGAGAAAGAAGAAAAAGAACGAGAGCUUAAACAGCUGGAGCUAAAAGCUCAGAGAGAGAAAGAAGAAAAAGAUAGAGAGCUAACAAUAAAGUUAAAACAAAUGGAAAUAACGGCCAAUUUAGGAGCAAUGGAAAAUAGACUCACGGCUCCAGCCGGUCAGGGUUGCGAUGCAAUUAAAUUUGCAAAAGUAAUCCCUAAAUUUACAGAAAAAGAGGUUGACCAAUAUUUUGCGCAGUUUGAGAUAACUGCCCAAAAUUUUAAAAUUCCUGAAACUAUGUGGUCCACCUUACUUCAACCAGCCUUGACCGGAAGGGCAUCUGAAGUCUUUGUGUCCCUGAAUGCGGAACAGCGCGGGGACUAUAACCUAGUAAAAUCAUUAAUACUUAAGGCUUAUGAAUGUGUCCCCGAAGCAUACCGUAAAAAGUUUAGGGAACUGUGGAAACGUGAUGGCCAGACUCAUGUUGAGUUCCUCCGGGAAAAGGAACGGCUCCUGGACAAGUGGCUGCACGCAACCAACACCGAGACAGACUUCAAGAAAUUCAAGAACCUCAUUCUGAUGGAGGAGUUCAAGAACUGUGUUCGUACUGAGGUGCGAAUACAUAUUGCAGACCGUGGCGAAGGUGACGCACAUACGGCAGCAGUGUUAGCCGACGACUUCACCAUCUCACAUCAACUUUCCAAGAAUCCAUCUGACACCAAAAAUGACAGGCACAAUAAGACAGCUGUAUCAACUUACAGUAAACCUCCACAAAAACCAUUCAAGCCCGGUACGAAAGAAAUUGGUGCAAAAGACACAUGUGCCUACUGUAAAAAAGAAGGACAUACGAGGGAUGAUUGCUGGAAACUCAAGAAGAAAACUGAGAAGACCACACAUCCUGGUACACAACACAAAGUCUCCGCUUGUACGUCUCGUCAUACAUCUGGAAACACAUUUUCAAAAUUCAAGAGUUUUUGCUCUCCAGAUGUCCAUACAAACUUCAAAGAGGUUUGUCACGACUCAUCAAAGAGUUCCAUUAUGAACAAUAAGGCUAGUUUUACUGACUCCAGCCAAGUUCCUGCUUCGACUGCGAGUUUUAUGAGCUUGUCGCCAAGAUCCUUUUGCUCCAAGAAGAGGUCUACCUCCAGAGGGCGUUUUACUGAGGACUUGUGUGCAAGUUUUGACGACUCUACCCAGAGUUUUACUUCCUCUACCCUAGCCGAAUGUUCUCAAGACUCCAACAAGAGUUUACCUACCAAGGUCCAAAAUUCUACAUCAGAAACUACUGAUGUCAUACAAGACUUCAUGCCUUUCAUAUCGGAAGGAUUCGUAUCACUGCCAGGUGAUUUUUCCAGUCUACAACCAAUCAAAAUCUUACGAGAUACAGGUGCUUCACAGUCCUUACUACUUGAGGGUAUACUUCCCUUGUCUGAAUCUACUGCUACUGGGAGCAACAUCCUGUUACGAGGUGUAGAGCUGGGAUGCAUAGAUGUACCUUUACAUCUCAUCAACCUAAAAUCAGACUUAGUCUCCGGACCUGUGGUUGUGGGUGUCCGACCAACAUUACCAUUGGACGGCAUCUCGUUGCUGCUAGGCAAUGACUUAGCUGGUGGGAAGGUGAUAGCCGAGCCCAUCGUUACUCAUGAACCUUGUUUAAAUGAAAAUCAGGAAGAAGAUCAAGAAUUGUAUCCAGCAUGUGCUGUGACAAGGGCCAUGAGUUCCAAGAUCUCCACAAAAGAGAUUUCACAAAAAAGCAAUAAAAUUCUUCCUGAAAUUGACCUGGGAAAAACAUUUUUUGCAAGUCUAAAUGAAGAGGCUAGUAAUUACAAGACUCCAACUCGAAUGCAACUUAUUGAAGAACAGAAGAGUGAUCCAGAAAUAGUCAAACUUCGAGAGAACGCUUUGACCCAAGAAGAAGCUGAACAAUUCCCUAUAUGUUAUUACCUUCAAGAUGACAUACUUUUGAGAAAAUGGCGACCUCCAGACGCAAAUGCUGACGAAGAAUGGAGGAUAGUUCAUCAAAUAGUAGUUCCUACCCCAUUCCGGAACGAAGUCCUGAACUUAGCCCAUGACUCACCACUUUCAGGUCAUUUGGGAGUAAAGAAGACAUAUCACAAAAUCACGUCGCACUUCUUUUGGCCCAAAAUCAAGAAAGAUGUGGUUGAAUACUGCAGAUCAUGUCAUACUUGUCAGGUUGUAGGGAAACCAAAUCAGAAGAUACCAGCAGCUCCUCUUCAACCCAUUCCAGCAUUCGAAGAACCUUUCAGUCGCGUUAUUAUAGACUGCGUUGGACCUCUGCCAAAGACAAAAUCAGGUCACCAAUACUUGCUGACAAUCAUGUGUGCGUCAACAAGAUUCCCAGAAGCUAUUCCUCUUCGCAAUAUCAAGACUCCGAACAUCGUCAAAGCCUUGACGAAGUUUUUUACAUUGUUUGGUCUUCCGAAGUCUGUACAGUCUGACCAAGGAACCAACUUCAAGGCUGGAAUAUUCAAACAAGUGAUGAACCAGUUGGGCAUAGAACACUGCUUGUCGAGUGCAUAUCAUCCUGAGUCACAGGGAGCACUUGAGCGAUUCCAUCAGACGUUGAAGAACAUGAUGAGAACCUACUGCCUAGAACAAGAGAAAGACUGGGAUGAAGGCAUCAACAUGCUACUGUUCGCCGCAAGAGAAGCAGUUCAAGAAUCACUUGGAUUCAGCCCCUUCGAACUGGUGUUUGGCCACACGGUUCGCGGUCCCCUUAAACUUUUAAAAGACACGUGGAUGUCAUCGACACCCACGGAAGGACUUCUUGACUAUGUCCAAAAAUUUAAAACUAAACUUUUUAAUGCCGUUAAUUUGGCUAAAACACAUUUAAAAGAUUCACAAUCUAAAAUGAAAGUUUGGUAUGACAAAAAGUCAAAAUUCAGACAGUUUGCUUCAGGGGACAAAGUGCUUGUGCUUUUGCCGAUACCAGGGCAAGCACUACAAGCUAGAUAUUUUGGUCCUUAUGUUGUUGAGUCCAAAAUCAAUGAUUUAAAUUACAUUGUGUUAACACCAGAUCGUAAAAGAAAGAAACAGUUAUGUCACAUUAACAUGUUAAAAGAAUAUUUUGAUAGAAAAUGUGAUGAUCAUUGUCCAUCCUCAGAAACAAAUGUUAACACAAUCUCAACUGUAACUUCAGUACUUAAAGAAAAUGUUACUGAAACCUUUGAUAGUGUCCCAGAAAAAGUUGGUAAUUAUAAACUUAAAAAUUCAGAAGUAUUGGCCAACUUAGAUAAGAAACUAGGACAUUUGUCAUUGUCAGAGAAGGAUGUUGUUAAGUCUGUGAUUGCAGAUUUUGUUUUACUCUUCCCUGAUGUGCCUAAUAAAACCAACAUUGCUGUACAUGAUGUUGACAUUGGCAAUGCAGUUCCGGUCAAGCAACACCUCUAUAGGGUCAAUCCGGAAAAACUUGAAAUAAUCCGGUCUGAAAUAAAAUACAUGCUUGAAAAUGAUAUAAUUGAACCAAGCUCUAGUAACUGGAGUUCACCAUGUAUUUUAGUCCCAAAGCCUGACAAAAGUUACAGGUUUUGUUAUAUCAAUAUAAAGUAAUGCCGUUUGGAAUGAAAAAUGCCCCGGCUACAUUCCAACGUCUUGUAAAUAACAUUAUUGCUGACCAGGAAAAUUGCAGCGCCUAUAUUGAUGAUGUAAUUAUUUACAGUCAAGAUUUUUCAACUCAUGUAAACCAAUUAAGAUCUCUGUUUAAAAAAUUUUUGCAGGCAAAUGUAACUGUAAAUUUAAAUAAAUGUGAAUUUUGUCAUGCAACUGUGGAAUAUUUAGGUCACAUAGUGGGUCAAGGUCAUGUAAAGCCUGUUCAAGCUAAGAUAAAUGCUAUUGUAUCACUUCCACCACCCACUACUAGAAAACAGUUAAUGAGAUUUUUGGGAAUGGCAGGUUAUUAUAGAAAAUUUUGCAACAAUUUCUCAGUUAUUGCUUCUCCUUUAAGUAAUAUGUUAAAGAAGAAUGCAAAAUUUCAAUGGUCAGAUGCUUGUCAGGAAGCAUUCGAAAACAUUAAAAAUAUACUUGCUAAUGCUCCUGUUCUCAUUGCACCAGACUUUAAUAAACAGUUUAAAUUAGCUGUAGAUGCCAGUGAUGUUGGCAUUGGUGCAGUUCUUUUUCAAGAAGAUGACCACAAUGUAGAUCAUCCUGUCUCUUAUUUCUCAAAGAAAUUUAACUCACAUCAGAAAAACUAUUCCACUGUAGAAAAAGAAUGUUUAGGUUUAAUUCUUGCUCUCCAACAAUUUGAUUUUUAUGUCAGUUGUUCUUUACAUUCAGUACUUGUUUUUACUGAUCACAAUCCUUUAACAUUUUUGAAUAAGAUGGUCUCCAAAAAUCAAAGAUUGUUAAGAUGGAGCCUAUUUUUACAAGAAUAUAAUUUGGACAUCAAACAUAUUAAAGGCAAAGACAAUGUCAUUGCAGAUACUUUGUCCAGAAAUUAAUUUUCACUUAUGUUAUUGUUUAUAAGCUGUUAAGAAGUUUUUUGUCUAAUAUUUUGAGAGUAAGAAAUGUACUUUCUUCAAUUUUAAUGGAAAAAGAAUUCCAUUUUUGAACAAUGAAAUUUUUUUCUUUUAAGAGGGGAGGUGUUAUAGAGAGCUUGUUUACAUCAUAUUUCUCGUGCGUGCCCUCUGAUUGACCCCGCAUGAGACGCUGUGUUCACAAAGGGGUGUGGCUUAGGUCUUUGAAGUAUCUUGUUUACAGUCGGCUUCCAAUUACGCAUUGGGUAGAUUGUUUUCGGGUAAUUUCUGGAAUAUACUCCUUAACCCGAGAGAUGUAAACAACACGUCAUAAGCCCUUCUCGAAGCAUCUUACUCUACAUAUAUAUAAGAGAUUGACAGGCACGAGGGGACGGAGAUUUUUCACAUAGAUUUUCUUAACAUUACGAGGCGUGUUUUAUUCUUUGUGUAUUUGUGUGCUCCUACUUAUAUGUGUUUAUUUCGCAUUAUUUAUUGGCAUCAUUAUUUCUAAUUGUAUUAACUGUGUACCGGUACGACAUCUGCCAUACUGUAAGUUGAAGAUUGUAAUUUUAUUUUAUUUUAUUUUGUAAUUAUCUUAAGACAUAAUAAAUCUUAAUUAAUUGUAACUAGUAACUGUUUUGGGUCGUAUCUUUAAUAUUGUUGAUUAUAUGGUAUCGUCCUUUGUUAGACACUGUUUACAACGAGCCAAUUAAAAUUAAAAUAGGAGAUUACUUUCUCCCAAUACAAGUCAGUGCGUAACAGUUUUAUCAACACACUUUUAUAAUAAUAAUAAUAAAGUUUAUUUAAAAAAACACGCUUCAUCCCCAAAGGCUCAAAGCGCGGUACAAAGUCAACAAAAAACCAAUCUAUAAUUUACCACAUUUAAUACAAACGCAACACUACAAAAAGUAAUUACAAGCAUACAAUGGCAAAGUCUUUCUAGCCAUUUCAACCCUAAGCAACACAGCCAUUAUGCAUUAACUGGAAAAUAAGGUAGGCAAUCAUCCCAGAAGGUGUUUGUGAAAUAGAUGUGUCUUUAAAUUGGUUUUAAAGGACUCCAGUGUCUGGUUGUUUCUGAGAUCGACAGGAAGGGCGUUCCAAAUUGUUGGACCAGCAAAGGCGAAAGUGUGCUUUCCAUAAGUCUCAAGGCGAACACGUGGUGUCGAGAGUUUUCUGUGAAGGUCCUGCAAAACGUUUGGUGUCCUUUGCUGUUAGUUAAUCACAACACAAAUUGAUCAUUUACUCUGACGACUGUCACAUUUUCACAGGUGUGGGCUACUCCAUGUCACACAAGCUUGCCAGGAUGUCCGUGCACACCUGCGGUCAACUGCAGGCUGUUCCUCUGGCGGCGCUGCAAAGAGAGUUCGGCCCCAAGACCGGCGAGUCCCUUCACCAGUUCAGCCUCGGCCUGGACAGCAGAGAGGUUCGGGGGAACAAACAAAGGAAAUCCGUGUCAGCAGAAGUCAAUUAUGGGAUAAGGUUUUCCAAGGUCAGUCCUGUUUAAAGACCCACACACCACCUGACUGUGGGUACUGAUAGGUGCCUUCUUCAAAAUGUGUGUUUUGGCAAAAAAGAUUUUGCGAUGUCAUUUUCCACUUUUUUUCCAUUCACUAAGAAAACAACUAAAUCAUGAUGGGGGGGGGGGGGGGGUUGUUUUACAUAUUUUAUCAACACCAACAUCCACUUAAAAGUUUGUGAAAAACACAUUUUUCUUUACUAAUGUGACCAUGGUAUGGAACAAAAAAUGUUAUUUAACUGCACAAUCUUAAAACUUUAAUAUGAACACUCCCAAGUCCCACACAGUAACUGGAGUGAUAAUUUUAGAAUGUUUCUGCUGAUAAGUUUCCCCCUGCACAGCUCCCUCAUCAAACAGCCGUCCUGUGAUGAAGAAACCAUGUCGUCUCACUAUCUGUCACAUGCCAUUGUGUCAGCUCCAUGUCAUCUCACCCACUACCUGUUAUGCGACAUUGUGUCAGCUUCAUGGUGUAUCACUACCUGUCAUGUGCCAUUGUGUCAGCCCCCUGCCAUCUCACUACCUGCCCUGUGCCAUUGUGUCAGCUCUGUGUCAUCUCACUACCUGUCAUAUGCCAUUGUGUCGGUUCCGUGUCAUCUCGUCACCAGUGAUGUGCCAUUCUGUCAGCUCCAUGUCAUCUCCCCACCUGUCAUGUGCCAUUGUGUCAGCCCCAUGUCAUCUCACUACCUGUCAUAUAUGCCAUUGUGUCAGCCAUCCUAAGAUCUUGAGCUAUUUCCUCUGUAACUCUCCUGGAAAUGUGUUCAAUCAACAGGAGUCUGAGGCACUCAGGUUCCUGCAGGAUCUCUCCCUUGAAGUGAAACGUCGCUUAGAUGCCAUUAAAGUCAAGGGUCGCUCCAUCACUCUCAAGCUGAUGGUGAGGAGACCUGAUGCCCCCGUGGAGACGGCAAAGUUUAUGGGUAGGAAAGUCUCUCAAAUCCUAUAUUUCCUUUGCUCAUGCUCUGCCUCUGUAAGAUUUAAACUUUUUAACGUUUCUCAAAAGACCUACAUCUCGUUUUCAAAGUUCAAAUAUUAGAAUGUUGAAAGUUUCUUAUGUUGUUUUUUUUUUUUUUUUUUUUUUUUUUUUUUUUUUUACAUUUUUUUUUUUUUUUUUUUUUUUUUUUUUUUUUUUUUCUUUUUUUUCAAACUUUUUCCCCUUUUUUUUUUUUUUUUUCAUCUAGGUCAUGGGAUUUGCAAUACCCUAAACAAGUCCAGUAACCUCCCUGUUGCAACUAAUGAUGGAAAUCUUAUUGCGAGGGAGGUGAUUUCCCUUUACCGUGCACAGAAAGUCACUGCAUCAGAUGUCAGAGGGGUAUGA